AUCAUUGAUGUCAGUGUCAGUCAGACAGAGAUAUAGAGUUCACACACACGCUGCUGAGAAGAAUUUCAGAUGAUCGCGGUAUAGUUAUAAUUGAUAGUGGAAAAAGUUCAACUGUGAAAAAUGAACGUAACGGACGACAUCGAAGAAUAUUAUAAAGCUGCCGAAGGACUUGUUCUAACGGCGGGAAAAAUAAUAGAGGGUGCAAUUAAUUUAAAUAAAAAUAUAAAAAUCAAAGGAAUUGAAUGGGAUCUCGUUACGGAGUACGAUCGAAGAAUAGAGGAUGAUUUAAAAAGACAAUUAUCAAAUAUGUAUCCACAGCACAAGUUUAUUGGUGAGGAAACGACUGCAGAAGGAAAUUGUUUGCCAAAAUUAACAGAUGAACCAACAUGGAUUAUAGAUCCAAUAGAUGGUACAACAAAUUUUGUUCAUCAAUUUCCACAUACAUGCAUCUCUUUAGCGUUAGUUAUAAAUAAGAGGAUAGAAAUUGGAAUUGUCUACAAUCCAUUGAUGAAACAAUUCUUCUCUGCAAAACGACAGAAAGGAGCUUUCUUGAAUGGACACCCAAUAAAAACAUCAAAAGUAACAGAUCUGUCUCAGUCACUAAUCGCAAUGGAACCAUGGAUUGCCAAAGACUCUGAUUAUUUAGUUCCUAUAUACACUCGUAUGCAUGCUUUAAUUCAAGGGACUCAUGGGAUAAGAUCAUUAGGUACAGCUGCUCUUACGUUGUGUUAUGUUGCAAUGGGUGCAAUUGAAGCAUACCACGUUGAAGGCAUAGAAGCUUGGGACGUUGCAGCAGGAAAAUUAAUAAUAGAAGAAGCCGGAGGAACAGUAAUUGAUACUUCAGGUGGAGAACUAGAUUUAAUAGUUCCAAGAGUUAUAGCAGCGUGCAAUCAUCAAAUUGCAGAUCAACUAGUCGAUCUCUUUAAAAGUGCCGAUUUGGAAACAGUCAAUAAAAAUCUAAAAUAAAUAUUUGCAAAGGACGCGAGAAAACCAAUAAAUACAGUAUUAAAUGCAGAAAAUAUUUAACA